UGAAAGGACUUACAGCCAACCAAAUGAAUUCCUCCGACGUCAACUUUGCUCAACUCCAAAGCCAACAAAAAGAUGUGCUCCCUUCAGAAGGCGACCUCGACCUCCCAAUCAUCGACCUGAGUGGAUUCCUGAACGGAGACGAGGCCGAGACACAGCUUGCAGCUAAGGCUCGUGCAUGUCUAUCCAAAGAUGAGAAGCUAAAGGCUUACAGGACUCCUGGGAACAUCUCUGGCUAUACGGCAGGUCAUAGCCAAAGAUUUUCCUCCAAUCUUCCAUGGAAUGAGACUUUGACUCUGGCAUUCAAAAACGGUCCACCUAAAGUCGUUGAGAAAUUUCUAACAUCAAGGCUAGGCGACGAUCGUCAAGGGAUCGGUCAAGUGUUCCAAGAAUUUUGUGAGGCAAUGAACAGCUUGACUUUGGAGCUGAUGGAGUUAUUGGGAAUAAGUAUGGGUUUAAAAGACCGGACAUAUUACCGGAGAUUCUUCGAAGAUGGAAAUGCCAUCUUUAGAUGCAACUAUUAUCCGCCGUGUAAGCAACCGGACAAAGCCCUCGGUGUUGGUCCCCAUAAUGACCCAACGGCUAUAACCGUUCUGCUCCAAGACGAUGUUGUGGGGUUGGAGGUCUUUGCCGGAGGGAAGUGGCAGACCGUUCGCCCUCGUCCCGGGGCUCUUGUCGUCAACGUUGGAGACACCUUCAUGGCAUUGUCAAAUGGAAACUACAAGAGCUGUUUCCACAGGGCAGUGGUUAAAAUGGAGAAAGUGAGAAGAUCAUUGGUGUUCUUCUCUUGUCCUAGAGAAGACAAGCUCAUCGUUCCUCCUCCUCAACUUGUGGAAGGCGAAGCUUCUAGAAAGUACCCUGACUUUACUUGGGCCCAGCUCCAGAGAUUUACUCAGUCGGGCUAUCGAGUGGACAAUAACACUCUCCAGAACUUUUCUUCUUGGCUCGCCUCUGAUUCUCCAAAAAAC